UAGAACUUUGCUUGCUGAAGACACUAUGGCCGAUCCUCAGCCGUUUGUUGUGAAUGUAGGUCCCGUGGGCACCGCGGACGGAUCUUCUCUGGUUCGCUUAGGUGGCACAUGUGUCUUGUGUGGAAUUAAAGCAGAAUUGACAACUCCAGCAGUAAAUCAGCCUGAUGAAGGUUAUCUCGUGGCGAAUGUGAAUUUAUCAGCAAUGUGUUCAUCAUCGUUCCGUACUGGACCCCCUAAUGAAGAGGCACAAUCCCUGAGUCAGUGGUUACAUGAUGUCUGGACUGAAUGCGAAUUGCUGGACGUGAAACAGUUGUGCAUCUCACCUGGCAAGCUAUGUUGGGUAUUGUAUGCGGACAUAACAUGUUUGAAUUACGAUGGCAGUCUUCAGCAGGCAUGUUUAGCUGCUUUGGUAGCAGCGUUAAGAAAUUUACGCUUGCCAAGCGUUGAGAUAUCAGAGGAAACGCAGCGUGUCGUCCGCUCGUCAGAUUCAUCCCAGCCUGUCAGCUUGAAGUGUAUACCAACGUCUGUAUCCUUUGCUGUGGCGAGUGAUAAGCUGGUGUGCUCACCAUGUGGUGAAGAGGAGAGAAUAGCCUCAGCACUCGUCAAUAUGGUUGCAAUAGAUCAAGAGAGACUCUGUGCUAUCACAAAGCAAGGUGGAAAGUCAAUCAGCCAGUCAAUCUUGCGUCAGUGCUAUGAGCAGGCAUUAGCACAUGGUGAGGAAAUACGUAGAACGAUCAAUGUGGCAUGUAGCCAAGCAUAGCUGCCACUGUCUACCUACAAUAUUUAACCUUUCAUAUGUUUUUCAUCAUGUAAAUAUAGGCAUGGCAUUCAGAAAGCCAACCCAGCGUCACCGAACUUACCUGAAUUACCAGCAAUAUGCUGUCAUAUCAACACAUACGCUCGUAAUUAUGAGCACACACACACAUACACUGAUGCAUGUGCCCACAAAUAUUCCAUUAUUCAUGGUACAUGAAAACUGUUUGAUUGUUCAUAAAAUUUGGAAACUCAAGCGAGCAUAUCUGGACGAUUCCCUCCAUCAGA